AUGUCUCAGAACGACACCUCUGCUGCCUGGCCUCAGGCCGACCAGGCUCUCUCGACCGAGAUCCUUGAUCUUGUUCAGCAGGCUACGCACUUCCGCCAGCUCAAGAAGGGUGCCAACGAAGCCACCAAGACGCUAAACCGUGGUAUCGCUGAGGUUAUCAUCCUUGCCGCCGACACGUCCCCUCUGGCCAUUCUUCUGCACUUGCCCCUCCUCUGCGAGGAUAAGAAUGUGCCUUACGUCUACGUCCCUUCGAAGAUGGCACUCGGCCGUGCCUGCGGUGUCUCCCGUAGUGUCAUCGCCUGCUCGAUCACGACCAACGAAGCCUCCGACCUUAUGCAACAAAUCAGGUCCCUCAAGGACAAGGUCGAGCGUCUCCAGAUCUAA